AUGGAUCUUCAAGCUGCUGGGGAAGCUCACAUGUUGCAAUUGAAUGAGCUUGAAGAGAUGAGGUUGUUCUCUUAUGAAAAUGCCAAGUUGUAUAAAGAAAAGACUAAGAGAUGGCAUGAUAAGAGGAUUCAACCUCGAGUUUUUGAAGAAGGACAGCGAGUUUUGCUCUUUAACUCGCGACUGAAGUUAUUUCCUGGUAAAUUGAAAUCUAGGUGGUCGGGGCCAUUCACAAUCAUCAAGGUGUAUCCUCAUGGGGCUAUUGAAGUAAGGGAAGAUCAGUCUGGUAGAGAGUUUAAAGUGAAUGGGCAGCGACUGAAACAUUAUUUGGGAGGUGAGGUCAACCGCGAGAAGACCUCCAUCACUUUGGAGGAUCCUUAA